UGUGUGUUUGUGUAUGUGUGUUUGCAGUCUAUAAAAGUGUGUGUGCGACAAGGUUGCCUCUCUGUGGAGAAGCUUUGCUGCAGGAAGGGAGACGGAGGAGGUUCCUUGCUAUUGUUUAAAACCUGAUGACAUCAUGUCCAGAAACCUUCUGAGAAACCCCUGCGGUGAAGAGGACCUGGCAUUCUGGGAGCUGAUGGAAAAUGGAGGGAAUGGGUGGACAGUGGAGGACAUGCCGGGGGACUGUGGUCAUGACUUCUAUAAUGAGGAAGUGAAGAAAUAUUUUGCGACCUCUUUUGAAUGGUGUUCAAAGAAGCAGGUGAUUCAUCUGUUGGAGGAAGAUUACUCCACAGAUGAACUGGACGCUCAGCCAGAGGUCACGGUGGAAGACUGGUACUGCAGCAGAACAGACUGUGGCUGUGAGUACCAGUUGGCCGUGUAUUUGCUAAAUGACAACCACGAGGUCAUACAGGAGUUCAAACCAGAGCUGGUGGUUCUUGACCCUGAGAAGGACGACUGCUCCUGGCAACAGAUGAAAUAUACAUUCUCUGAAUAUGGCCCUGGAAUGCGCUUCAUCUCCUUUGAACAUGGAGGUAAAGACAUCAAGUACUGGGAUGGUUGGUUUGGAGUUCGGGUGACUGGGAGCUCUGUUACCAUCAACCUGUGAACUGAUAUAAUCUGGAAAUAGAGAAAAGAAAGAAUAGCGAGUGGAAAGGAAAAGAAGAUUUGCCUUAAAACUCAAUACAACUUAAUACUCUUGACUUCCUGCUUUUUUGUUCAGACCUGCAAAAGUCAACCAUAGCAUCUCAAACUGGAAGCUGUAGUUGACAUCAUGAGAUCUGAUCUGUUGGUUAAUGCCUCCACACUGUUAUACAUCCCCCAAUACAACUGUGAUGACAACAGAAAAGCAGUUUAUCAUUUAAUAAAGAAGUACAUUUGACAAUGAACAGCAAAAUAAAUACAGAA